CAGAAAUAACCGAACAUGAGAGGUCCAAGCCACAAACCGGUUGUUGGCUAUAUAUUAAGAAACGAGGGGACAGGGAUCUGGAAUAGAGUUUCUAAGUUCUGGAACUGCUUUCAAGUCUUGUCAGAUCCAUCAGAUCCAGAUCCAGUAAUGGCGGGUGCAGUAGCUAGAAUUUUGAAGAGGGUGGGUCUCCCUCCAUUGGGUGUUCUGGAUGUAAUCUCGAUAGGUUCAUUACCGGUCCUAGCCUAUAUAUACUUCCGGCAGGAAAAACAAUUUGCUUGGCUUGAUGAGCAAGAGAAACGUGUGAAUGCAACGGUUGCUGACAUGAGGGCUAGAGGAAUAAUCAGAGAUCGUUGAUGAUGAUGAUGAUUUAUCAAGCAUGUGGUUUCUUUUUUUUUCUUUCUAUAUUAUAUAUGUUAGUUUUCCAUCUAU